UGGGGAAUAUACAGAGAGACCAAGGGACGGCGAGAGGAAAGCGGCAAUAAUGGCUUCUUCUUCUUCUUCUACAUUUUCUUUUCGUCUUUCUCGUCGAUUCUCUUUUUUACUUCCUCUUGUUGUCUUCUUUCUCUUGUCUUCCUUGGUCGCAUCGCACGCGGCGGAGCUGAAAGGUGUUGGUCCUGACCAUCCAUCUCUGAAUGUCAGCCUUACUUCGUGUGAGCGUAUUCACGUUUCUGGCUAUUCGAGAACCAAACUAGCAAAAUAUGCCCACUCUUAUAGGGUAAAACUAGCUCCAUUGGUAACUGUCCCAGAGAGGCUACACAGCAAAAUUCAGGUUUGUGUUCACCGGAAUGCUUCACUUGGAAUGUGCCAGUGUGAGAAAGCUGAUUGGAAAAAUCUACAGAGGGGGCUCUGGAGCACUGUCAUGUCCCCAUAUGAUAAGCAAUACAUUGAUGUGAAGUUCAGUGGUGAAUCGUCUGGUUCAGUUACCAUCUCUGUUGCAGAAGAUUUUCAGCGAUGGCGUAUUCUCUGUUUUGUGGCUGGACUGGUCGUGAUCUUGAUAGCACCAGUUGUCAGCAGCUGGCUUCCAUUUUACUACACCAGUUCUAUGGCUGUUGGGGUUUUUCUCGUCGUCCUGAUUAUCAUUUUCCAGGUUAUGAGGCUAUUGCCUACAGGGAAGAAAAAUUUCAUGUAUCUUGCAUUCUAUGGAUCCGUGGUAGGGGCUGGAUCAUUCAUUCUACAUCAAUUCUCGAUGAUGGUGAACAUGAUUCUUGUUAAUCUCGGGCUGAGUGACGACAUGUAUAAUCCAGUUGCAAUACUCGUGCUCGUGGGAAUAGCCAUUACAGGAGCUGCUUUCGGAUUCUGGACUGUGAGGAAGUUUGUUGUUUCGGAAGAUGGAGGUGUGGAUGCAAGCGUUGCCCAAUUCGUGAAAUGGGCUAUGCGUUCUGUUGCCGCCACAUUUAUUUUCCAGAGCACCCUGGAUGCACCUUUGGCGAUGGGAGCUUUCGUUUCAGCUAGCUUGCUCGGUUUUCUUGUCAGCAAAAUAAUUCACAGGUGGCAUAAGAAAAAAAGCGUUGUGGUUCAAAGUCAUUGGCUGGUCUCUGCUGGUAAGGGACGUGCAAUGCAUGGACGAGCUGAGUUUCUUAGCCGCCCUGGAGGUGGACUGUGGAACAGUGCUAGGAGUUUACCUUCAUCUUCCGGCUCUCCUUCUAACGGUGUUAAACAUGUGAUGUCACCGUCUUCAGUUGGCCGGAGAAUACCAAUUGAAAGGCAGGAUUACUAUUCUACAUACCACAGGACGCCGAACCGGAAGAAGUUGUCCAAGGAAGAGUAUGAAGAGUUGAGACAAGAAACGACGAGGGAAGCAAUGGCAGGACUCGCAGCUUCUCCAGGUUUCAGUGAUUGGUUGAUUGAGCGUGCUGAUAGAAUCAAGUUGCUUCCCACUGAAAGUUAUGAUGACGAAUAUGGUAGUGAAUCAGAUUCAACCGGUGAACAAUCCUGGACACGAUUUUUCUGGUAGACGAGCGUAAACAUUAACAUGGCAUGGGAUCAGAGCGUCGUCAGGCAUUUUCAGCUUCCUGAGAGUUUAGGGGUUUAGAAGUUAGGAGUUAGAAUUAACCUUUGUACAAUCAUCCAGUUUUUUCAGUUUAAGCAGCUUAGGUUUCUUAGUUGUGUAGUGAUGAAAUUUGGUUCUUUACCGUAAUGGCUAAUUCCUCUUUGAAAUGGAGAAAAGGACGGAUAUAUUGAUAUGAUCAUAUAUUUUCUCCAAAACAUUGGUGUGUAAUACAUACAUAAAU